GUCCAGUAAGUGGUUGUAAGUACGUGUUUACCAAAAAAUCAUCAUUUACUUCUCACAUGUGUAGAAAGCAUAAAUCAUGCUCCCCAGAUGGUAUCGAUAACAUGUACCGGGAAACUCGCCCUCAGCCCCCAGAUGUCAUUGCCAGUACAGAUGAUUCAGAAAACACACAUGAAGCCAUGCCAACAGCUAGUGCAGCCAGUGAUAUGCCAGAGAAUGAUAGUCAGGCUUAUCUCAGAAACAUGUCUCUCUUUUACCUUAAACUGCAAGGACAGCUGCUAAUUCCUGCUUCUACUAUACAGACUAUUGUUGAGGAAAUGCAAAAUGUGCACGAGUUAGGUCAAGCCUAUACAAUAGCUAAAGUAAGUUCUUUUUUAAAAAAUGAUAUGAGCCUAUCAGAUGAAGCAGUCUCUAAAAUCUGUGACUGCAUUAAAGAGUCAGAUUUGUUCUCUGCUUGUCAUCAGGGACAAUUAAGAACAACGUACUCUAGAAAUCAGACAUUCACAAAAAUGUUUAAAUACACAGAACCCCAAAAAGUGCCAUUGGGAACGGAUGACAACAUGACACAAAAAUGUGCUUACUACAUACCAGUGGCAGAAACUCUGAAGAGUUUUUUACAGUCACGUUUAGGGAGGAAUACACAGUCACAACAGUUUGGAGAUCCUGAUGUAGAGGUUUUUACGGAUUUAUAUGAUGGACAAAAUUUCAAAUGUCACAAGUUCUUCAAUGAAAACCCUAAAAGCCUCAAACUGAUUUUGUACCAAGAUUCAUUUGAAAUUGUGAAUCCCCUGGGUUCUGCUAAAAAGAAGCACAAAGUUCUUGCAGUCUAUCUUUCAUUAGCAAAUUUACCCAUUCAUUUGCGUUCAAAUACUGAUAAUAUGUUUUUAGUCUUGUUGUGUGUUGAGGAUGACCUUAAGCGUUUUGGAGUAGCCAAAGUUUUCUCAGAGUUGUUGGCAGAUCUGAAAUCCUUGGAAACCGAAGGAAUAAAUGUAGAUGGAGAAACAGUAAAAGGGGGGCUUUUCUGCAUUGCUGGGGAUAACUUGGGUUCUCAUUGCAUAGGUGGGUUUACAGAGAACUUCAGCCGCUCUCAAUAUUUUUGCAGGUACUGUGAAAUCACCAGAAGUGAGUUUGUGGCUGAUCCGAAUGUCUGUGGUCCUCCACGCACCCCAGAGACGUAUGACGCAGCUGUUGCUGAUCUCCAGGCAGAAAACAUCCAAGACGUCAGAGGGAUAAAGGUGCCAUUUUUUCUUCAGUGCAAUAUGACUGACUCAGAGCGAACCUUCCUAGAUGUUGCCAUCAUGGACGCCCUACCACAACUUCAAGCAGUAAACAAAAACAUCCUGGAAGAGCACUUGCAGUCCAUUGGAGUUGAGACGUAUGAUGAUUUACGCUUCGUAACGGAGGCAGAUUUAAUGACAGCGUUAAGACCUGUAGAAGCCAGGAAGCUGCUUUCUGUUUGGAAACGGAAAUACCACACUCCUGAGAACAGCUCUCUGUCAUCUCUGGAAGCCUCAUCUACCCAAUCGCUGCCAUCGCUCUCUGUUUCACCCAAAGUUCAUCGUCAAGCACCUCCAGCAGCUCAGGACUUGACACACAGUGGGAUGAAAACUUUGAAAUUCCAUGGAGUAAACUUCCUGAGGAAGUGAUGCAGGCUUUAGAGAGGGGGAAAAGGCCAGGCCCAAAACUAAGGAGGCAAAUGGUCCGAAUUGUUGUGACUGAGAUGAUGGAAAAAUGCCCUCAUGUAGGUAAAAAACAUUCAACUGACGUUGCAACAAAAAUGGUUGCAAAAUAUCCCAGUUCUCUCCAAGAUGUAAUAGAGGGCGAUAUUGUUGGAAAAGGCUACCAUUCCCUUGUCAAACAGUUGCAAAACAGAAUUGAAAAUGUCAGGCGCACUUCAACACCCAAAAUAAGAAAAAGAAAACAUCAGACUGAUGACUCGGACCACACAGACGAAAUCCCAUUAGAAGAGAGAGCAGCGAUGCAGGACACGUAUGGAUGCAUUAAAUGGAAUGUCAAAUUUCUGCCCCUUGAAGAAACUCAAGAGAGUCAGCGGCAAAAGAUGGAAAAACUCAAGGUGAUGUUCCAACACACCGAUGUCAAUCCAGAGGAGGUAAAAUGUCUAAUGAAGUCCACAUUUUACACACAGCGUCAACAUGUCAACCAGGGAAAAAGUAUCAAAUGCCUUAGAUAGGAGUGGCCGUUUUGGUUUGAUGAACUUGGCAUGUCAGUUCACUUUAUGGAACUCACUGGGAUUGACCUCAAAGAGACAUUUACACGAAAUUUGGAUUUGAAGGGAAAAAGGCUUCUCGACUACAUGACCACAGUUUGUGUCAACAAGAGCAAGAAGUUCCUUCAGAAUUAUGCAAGGCUUCAGAGGAUGCGGGGACUGCAGAGUGGCUGUUCAGAUGAUGUGAUAGAGAUGACCCUGCUUCUACUCAGUUACUUUGAUGAGAAGGAGGAGUCCAUGUUCUUCCAUGUAGAAGAUACAUGUCUUGCAGAAGAGGUCCAACUGGAGCAAGUGCCUCUGACACCCACUGUUAUUGUCUGUGGACAAUCCUGCUAUUCCUCCACAAGGUACAUGCUGAGUCUGGAUCGGAACCUUAUCAACACAAACAUCUCCUCCUUCAUUUCUGCAUUGUGCAUUGUGUGUGUUUGGGAGCUACUACUGUUUUAAUAUUCAUUAUCCAUCUGAGCUGGCUUCAACUCUAGAGUUUCUUCAAAGAUGAGUAAACAUGGCUUACUCAUUUCUUAGACCUGGAGUCUGGCUGUCCCGUUGUUAACCUGGACCUUAACUAAGGCUGGGACUCAAGACAGAGAGGAAGAUGCAGUGUGUUUCUUCUCGAUAAACCCAGAAAAAGGAACCAAGGUAGAGAAUAAAAACUCCAAGCGUCGUCUCACCGUGAACCCUCGAGUCCUCACCCUGAUACAGGAGCUCUCCGAUCACGAGUGGCGUUAAGCCUAAAUAUGGACUCUUUCUGUGGACUCUUGACUGUUGUUUGAGAAGAGGUACUGUUAUUUUUCUUUGUUAAAUACACAAUGUGUAUUCUGUUUAUUAAGGUACUAUAUCCUUUUUUUGUUUUAAAGUCUAAAAGGUGCACUAACUUCUCUGUUUGAAAAGAGGUACUGUUAUUUUUCUUUAAUUACACAAUGUGUAUUAUGUUUAUUAAGGUACUAUAUCAUUUUUGUUUUGAAGUCUUAAAGGUGCACUAACUUCUCUGUUUGUUUGAGAAGAUGUGUUGUUAUUUUUCUCUUUGUUAAAUACUAGAGAUGAGCCGGAUACUCGGCUGAAACGAGUAUCCGGUACGGAUAAAGCACUUCUGCCGAGUACGAGUAUUAUACGAGUAAUACGAGUCAAUAUCUGUGCUCGGAUUAAAUGAAAAUCAUCAUUGGGUAGCUGAUUGUGUCAGCGUUCUGUGAUAGGCUAAUAGUAACAGCGCCGCCCCUCCCCUACACAAAUACAGAUGUAUUGUGUUGCUGUGAGUCCCGCAGCUCCGCUCUGCUCAUUCACACACAGAAAAGCUCUCUGUCUCUCUCCCUCAGUCACUCGGGUUUGCGGUUCUUUUCCGUUAAAGUUUAGGGUUUCUUUAGCUUUUUACUUCGGGUUGUAACAUUCAAAUACGUACUAACCAGCAGAGUUCUGGUAAACGUGGGUUCGUUCAGACGUGAAUGCGACGCGCAUCGCGUCUCUGCCUGUCGGAGAUUUUUUUUCUUUUUUUAAACCUUCAGCUGGGAGCUGUUUCUAACCACUGUGUCCCGCUCUGCACACUCACACACAGAACAGCUUUCUGUCUCUCUCUCUCCCUCAGUCUCUCGGGUUCACGGUUCUUUUCCAUUAAUGUUUAGGGUUUCUUCAGCUUUUUACUUCGGGUUGUAACGUUAAUACAUACUAACCAGCAGAGUUCUGGUAAACGUGGGUUCGUUCAGACGUCAAUGCAACUCGCAUCGCGUCUCUGCCUGUCGGAGAUUUUUUUUCUUUUUUAAACCUUCAGCUGUCUCUAACCAGUAAUCAGACACUGAGUGUCUGGCACGUAUUUGCUGUAUUUCAUACAAAAAUAAAGGUAUUAAGCUAUAAUAUAAAUAUUACAAAUUAAUUUAAGCUUCUCUCUCUCUCUCUCUCUCUCUCUCUCGUCAGUUUUUUCUCUCUGACACUUUUUUGCUGUAUUUCAUAAAAAAUAAAGGUAGUAAGUUAAAGUUAGUGUUAUAAAUAUUACAAAUUAAUUAAGCUACACACACUCUCCCUCUCUCUUCCUCUCUCUGCCAGUCAUCUAAGUUUUUUCGUUUUAACCAUCAGCUGGCUUUAACCAGUUUUUUUUAACUCUUACACUUUUUGCUGUAUUUCAUAAAAUAUAAAGGUAGUAGUGGUAUAAAUAAUAAAUAAUAUUACAAAUUAAGCUACACACACAAACAAACACUCUCUCUCUCCCUCUUAUGAUCAGUGAUACAGAACAAUUUCUGAUCAACCCAUAUAUUAAUUGCAUGCUUAAAAUAACAUACCGAUUAAACCCCGCCCAUUUCAAGACAAACUCCGCCUACUUCCGGGUUAGGCCACACCCACUCCGAGUACAGAUACAGAUAAUUCAUAUGGUUUACAGAUACAGAUAAUGCUGUACUCGCCCAUCCCUAUUAAAUACACAAUGUGUAUUAUGUUUAUUAAGGCACUAUAUAAUUUUUUGUUUUAAAGUCUUGAAGGUGCACUAGCUGCUUCUGGUCGAGAGUCCGCCACCUGCUUUUUUUCGUGAAAAUGUUCUUGCUUUGCGGGAAUGUUCCACAGUAUAGUAUGAAACUUAUCUUGCAUGUAUUCAAUUAGAACAGUUUUUAUUGCAAAAUAAUACCUUAACAAAUGUGCAUUCUUACUGUGAGGGGGCUCGCCUCUCCACAGAUCUGACCUGUAACUUGGCCUUUUGGCAUCACAAAUUUGUCUCCAUGGAGAUAGAUAAGUUUUAUGCCAUACUGUGGAACAUUCCAGACAAGGUUGUUGUGAAUUGGGUUGUUGUUGUGCGCCAGGCACUUAAACUUUGUGACAGGUAAAUGUAUACAUUUAAAGAGGGUAAUCUACUUGAAUAUUUCAACUUUGAUUCGUUCAAAGUUUAAAUAACUAUUACAUGUAGCUUCUUUGCAUGUUGUAUACAGGUAGGUUAAAGAAAAAAUGUGUUCAAUUGUUUUAUGCUACACUGUGGAACAUUCCAGACAAGGUUGUUGUGAGUUGGGUGGUUGUUGUGCGCCUGACACUUUAACUUUGUGACAGAUAAUGUCUAGAUUUAAAGAGGCUAAUCCACUUGAAUAUUUCAACUUUGAUUCGGUCAAAGUUUAAAUAACUAUUACAUGUAGCUUCUUUGCAUGUUGUAUACAGGUACAUUGAAAAGAAAUGUGUUCAAUUGUUUUAUGCUGUACUGUGGAACAUUCCAGACGGGGAGCGUGUGGGUUGUUAUGUGCCUGGCACAUAAACUUUGUUCCAAACUUUGAAUAAAAAUUCAUCCAAUUGUUUACAACUCUUGACAAUGGCUGUUAAAUAAAUUUCUCAAGUGA